AUGUUUAAGGUAGGGGAACUCGUGCUCUCGCCUGAAACCUUCGAUGAUCCCAUCUUUAGAACCCAUCUGAGGUGCUUUCGAUGGUACGGAUAUGUGGCAUCCACGGAUCAGAAGAGACCGUGGAUUAGUCUCCUACGUUGCACCGUUUUCACGGCCUCUAUUUGGCUGAGCUGUACCCUAAUGCUGGCCCGGGUUUUCCGGGGAUACGAAAAUCUCAACGAUGGGGCUACAAGCUGGGCCACUGCUGUCCAGUACUUCACAGUAUCUAUCGCCACGGCGAAUGCCUAUGUACAAAGGGAGAGAGUAAUUUACCUUCUGCGAGUGGCCUACGAGGAUAUCCAGAACCUAAUGUUCGUGGCAGACAACCGGGAGAUGGAUCUCCUGAUGGACACGCAGGUAUAUACCCGAACCAUUACCUUAGUACUGUGGGUGCCGUCGGUUAUUGCUGGCUUGAUAGCCUAUUCGGACUGCAUCUAUAGGACUUGGUUUCUACCGAAAUCGGUGUUCAAUAUGGCAGCAGUGCGGCGCGGUGAGGAGCGGCCUAUCCUGCUGUUCCAGCUGUUUCCCUUUCGAGAACUGUGUGAUAACUUCGUAAUCGGAUAUUUGGGACCCUGGUACGCUUUAGCCCUGGGAAUCACAACCAUUCCGUUGUGGCACACCUUCAUCACGUGCCUCAUGAAGUACGUGAACCUCAAGCUGCAGAUUCUCAACAAGCGGGUAGAGGAGAUGGAUAUCACACGGCUAAGCCGAAACUUGGUGUUGGAUCAGCUGACAGCCAGUGAGCUAACCUACUGGCGAAUGCAACUCUUCAAGGAAUUUGUAGACGAGCAACUGAGACUUCGAAAAUUUAUUCAGGAGCUACAGUAUCUGAUUUGCGUGCCCGUCAUGGUCGAUUUCAUAAUCUUCUCGGUCCUCAUAUGCUUUCUCUUUUUUGCCCUGACAGCUGGCGUCCCCGGCAAAAUGGAUUACUUCUUUAUGUUUAUUUAUCUUUUUGUGAUGGCUGGCAUACUGUGGAUCUACCAUUGGCAUGCCACCUUAAUUGUUGAGUGUCACGACGAGUUGUCCCUCGCUUACUUCUCCUGCGGAUGGUACGACUUCGAUAUUUCUUUGCAACGGAUGCUGGUCUUUGUGAUGAUGCAUGCCCAACGGCCGAUGAGGAUGCGCGCCCUGCUGGUCGAUCUGAAUCUGAGGACCUUUAUAGACAUUGUUCGUGGGGCCUACAGCUACUUCAAUCUGCUGCGUAGAUCUCACUAG